GUAAUCGCAUUCCCCCCAUUCCCUCCACUAGAAACAACAUCCCAUCAGCUCACUUAUUGCAAUUGACCUUUCGUCUUCUCUAGUCCAUCUUCAGUACAGCAUGAUAUGACCGGAGUCUAAACAAGUAUACCGCAUUCAUCCAGCUAUCGUUCCAGCAUGGCUAAAGGAACCCCCGCCGCAUCCUCCCCUACAACUGCAACGCCUCCAUCCCGGGUGCUGAAACGCACAACCUCCAGUACCCAGAACAUGAAAAGUCAGAAGUCCAUCCUCGGAUUCUUUCAAAAGUCGUCGCCGUCGACCCCUUCCACAGCUCGCAAUGUCGAGCCCGCCUCCUCGCCCGCUGAACGGGCUUCUGUCCAGCGCGGGAUCGAUAAGAAGAAGCGCGUCCCCCAGUUCAAGCAGGACUUGACCCCAGUACCGAGCAGCGAUCUCGUGAUACCUGACGAGGAGGAGGAGGAGGAGCAACAGAAUGCCACACAGGCUAGUGGUGCUCUUGAUGAGCCAAAGCCACACUCCUCCCCGUCGCGACGGGCUAAAAAGAAGGUCAACUACCUUGAAUCCGAUUCUGAAGGCGAGGAGGACGACGAGGAGAUCUUCCGUCCCGGUCGCAGCAACAGGAACAAACGCCAGAAGGUGCUGCCGGAGAGUGAGGAUGAAUUCAAGGAUGAGGCCGCUGACGAUGCUGGUUACUCUGAUGACGAAAUGGACGACUUCAUCGUCGCUGACGACUCGGACGAGGAAGCCAAGCCGGUCAAGAGGCGCACGAAACCAGCCGCUCGAUCCAAGAACAAGUCAUCGCCGCUGCCAAUGCAAACGCCCGAAGAUGAAGAAACCCUUGCUCUAGAGAUCCCCGAAGCGACCGGCGGCACGGCUAUGAAAUGGACAUAUGACCCUGAGCACUCUGAGCCGCGGCAACAACGUGCGUCUCCUACGACGCCCAAGCGCCCCAGCAACGGCAAGCAGAAGGCUCACGUUACGGAGCCGGAGCAGCGCUAUGCCUGGCUCGCUAAUCUCCGCGACAUUGAUGGCCAUCCCGUCGGUCAUCCCGAGUAUGAUCCCCGGACGCUGUAUAUACCUCCCUUGGCUUGGUCCAAAUUCUCGCCCUUUGAGAAGCAAUACUGGGAGAUCAAGCAGAAAUUCUGGGAUACUGUGGUGUUCUUCAAGAAGGGCAAGUUCUACGAGCUCUACGAGAAUGACGCCACCAUCGGACACCAGCUCUUUGACCUGAAGCUGACCGACCGCGUCAACAUGCGCAUGGUGGGUGUCCCCGAGAUGAGUCUGGACCACUGGGCCAAUCAGUUUGUGGCGAAGGGGUUCAAGAUCGCUCGGGUGGACCAGAUCGAGUCUGCUCUGGGCAAGGAAAUGCGCGAACGAGAGGGCAAAGAUGGUAAGAAAAAGGCCGGUAAGGAGGACAAGGUGAUUCGGCGAGAGCUGUCUUGCGUUCUCACGGCGGGCACACUCGUCGAAGGCUCGAUGCUUCAGGACGAUAUGUCUACGUACUGUGUCGCUAUCAAGGAGGCACUCAUCGAAGAUCGCCCAGCGUUCGGCCUGGCUUUCGUCGACACUGCUACUGGCCAAUUCUUCCUGUCGGAGUUUGUGGACGAUGUCGAUAUGACCAAGUUCGAGACCUUCGUCGCGCAGACGCGUCCUCAGGAACUUCUGCUCGAAAAGUCCACCGUCUCAACCAAGGCACUCCGUAUCUUGAAGAACAACACUGGCCCGACGACCAUUUGGAAUUAUCUGAAGCCAGGAAAGGAGUUUUGGGAGGGCGACAUCACGGUACGAGAACUGGAUGUGAGCGACUACUUCGUCUGUGCAGACGGGGACAAUCUGCAGGCAUGGCCCGAGGCCCUGCGUGAAGCCCGAGACAAGGAGUUGGUCAUGUCUGCUUUCGGCGCGCUGGUGCAGUAUCUCCGUAUCCUCAAGCUGGAUCGUGACUUGAUUACCAUCGGCAAUUUCUCCUCGUACGACCCCAUCAAGAAGGCUUCCAGUCUGGUGCUGGACGGUCAGACUCUGAUCAACAUGGAAAUUUUCGCCAACUCGUUCGACGGAAGCUCGGAUGGGACACUGUUCCAACUUCUCAACCGUUGCAUUACGCCUUUCGGUAAGCGGAUGUUCAAACAGUGGGUGUGCCACCCGUUGGUGGAUGCGAACAAGAUCAAUGCUCGACUGGACGCAGUGGAUGCGCUCAACGCCGACUCCAGCGUCCGAGAUCAGUUCUCCUCUCAGUUGACCAAGAUGCCUGAUCUGGAAAGACUCAUCUCGCGUAUCCAUGCAGCCAACUGCAAGGCCCAGGACUUUGUCCGUGUCCUCGAAGGCUUCGAGCAGAUCGAGUACACCAUGAGCCUCCUCAAAGACAGCGGCUCUGGGGAGGGCGUGAUUGGACAACUGAUCAAUGCGAUGCCGGACCUCGAUAGCAUGCUCGAGUAUUGGAAGACGGCCUUUGACCGCACCAAAGCCAAAGAGAAUGGCAUCUUGGUUCCAAAGCCGGGGGUGGAGGAAGACUUUGACAGUUCGCAGGAGCACAUCGAACACAUCCACCAGCAGCUCGACAACCUCCUCAAGAAACACCGGCGCGAGCUAGGCUCCACGGCGAUCUGCUACCGGGACAACGGCAAGGAGAUCUACCAGCUUGAAGUCCCCGUCAAAAUCAAGAACAUCCCCAAGAACUGGGACCAGAUGUCCGCCACCAAGCAGGUGAAACGGUACUACUUCCCCGAGCUGCGGGCGCUCAUCCGCCAGCUGCAGGAGGCGCAGGAGACGCACAGCCAGAUUGUCAAAGAAGUCGCCGGCCGCUUCUAUGCACGAUUUGACGAGAACUACACGACGUGGCUGGCAGCGGUGCGGAUUGUCUCGCAGCUGGACUGCCUGAUCAGCCUGGCCAAGGCGUCCUCCUCGCUGGGCCACCCCAGCUGCCGCCCGGUCUUUGUAGAUGACGAACGCAGCGUGCUCGAGUUUGAGGAGCUGCGCCACCCAUGCCUCUUGUCAUCAGUAGACGACUUCAUCCCGAACGACGUGCGUCUCGGUGGGCCACGACCCAACAUCGACCUUCUGACCGGUGCUAACGCGGCCGGUAAAUCCACCGUUCUCCGCAUGACCUGUAUCGCCGUGAUCAUGGCCCAAAUCGGCUGCUACCUCCCGUGCACCUCCGCAACCCUGACUCCUGUCGACCGAAUCAUGUCGCGCCUCGGCGCCAACGACAACAUCUUCGCCGCGCAGUCGACCUUCUUCGUCGAGCUGUCGGAAACCAAGAAGAUCCUCUCCGAGGCCACUCCGCGCUCGCUGGUCAUCCUCGACGAGCUCGGCCGCGGCACCUCCUCGUACGACGGGGUGGCCGUCGCCCAGGCGGUGCUGCACCACGUGGCCACGCACAUCGGCGCCCUCGGCUUCUUCGCCACCCACUACCACUCGCUGGCCGCCGAGUUCGAGCACCACCCGGAGAUCAGCCCCAAGCGCAUGCGCAUCGACGUCGACGAGGCCGAGCGCCGUGUCACGUUCUUGUACAAGCUCGAGCCCGGCGUCGCCGAGGGCAGCUUCGGUAUGCACUGCGCCUCCAUGUGCGGGAUCCCCAGCAAGGUGAUCGAGCGCGCCGAGGUCGCCGCCAAGCAGUGGGAGCAUACGAGUCGGUUGGCGGAAAGCCUGGAACGGCGCAAAGCGAAAAAUCAUGGUGUCGAGGGCGCCGCGGUCGUGGUGGGUAUGGGGUGGUGGAGCGAUGUUGCGUGGGCGCUGCGGGAGGAUGAUGGGGUGGUCGCGGAGGCAGCGGAUGCAGGUGUGAGCGAGCGGAGUUUGGAGGUGUUGCGGCGUGCUAUUGAGGCUUUAUAAAAGAUGAUCAAAAGAGGGGGUGGAAGAGUAGUUUCCGGUGAAGAGGAGAGAUCUGGGUCACUAUAUUGUGCUGAUCAAUGUGGCUUUCAAGGCGUGCAUUGCAUGGAUGUGUGGGACAGAUGUUGUAAGUUAAUGGAAUCUCGAGCGUUAGCCUUUUCGGGUUAUAUAACUAGGUAUUGCUUCUUAACGGGUAACUAUAUGAUGG